CGAACCAAGACCCAAAAGUAGGCACGUACACGUGUCCACCUACUCCUACAGACUUUUAUUUAACCGCCGGUUCAAUGUUUGGUCUUUGAAGUUUCAACACACGAAAUAGUUCCCUCUUCAUACUUUCAUUUCUAACCACUUUGACUAAUUUCGCCCAAUUCAGUUGUUGUUGUCUCUUUGUGUUGUGAUAUCAAACUUUAAAGAUGGGAGCUGAAGCAGAGGUUAUGGUACCAGUAGUACAACAGACAAUAACCGUCUUGGAUGUCCCCUGCUCUACUGAUGUGGUUCCUAAUUCCCCAGAUACUACAAUUUUACAAUUUGUUCCUAGCAUUCGCUCAGGUAGCUUUGCAGAUAUUGGCCCGCGGAGGUUCAUGGAAGAUGAGCAUAUAAGGAUAGAUGAUCUUUCUGCACAUUUAGGCUCCCUAAUCAGGUUCCCUAAGCCUUGUGCCUUCUAUGGGAUAUUUGAUGGUCAUGGAGGACCUGAGGCAGCAGCUUAUGUGAGAAAACAUUUACUCAGAUUCCUUUUUGAGGACACCAAUUUCCCUCAGACAUCAGAAGUUGAUGACACAUUUUUAAAAAAGGUGGAAAACUCUCUAAGAGAAGGGUUUCUUCUCGCUGACCUUGCUUUGGCUGAUGAGUGUAGUGUGAGUAGUUCUUCUGGAACUACUGCAUUGACAGCGCUGAUAUUGGGAAGGCUUUUAAUGGUGGCAAAUGUGGGAGACUGUCGUGCGGUUCUUUGCCACAAGGGAGAGGCAGUUAAUAUGUCCCAAGACCAUAGACCGAAUUAUGCAUCGGAGAGAAGACGUGUGGAAGAGUUGGGUGGAUUUAUUGACGAUGGCUAUCUCAAUGGUGUCCUAUCAGUGACUAGGGCCUUAGGGGACUGGGACAUGAAAAAGCUGCCUCGUGGCUCCACCUCUCCUCUUAUUGCGGAGCCUGAAUUCAGACAGAUCCUCUUGACCGAGGAUGAUGAAUUCCUUAUAAUUGGCUGUGAUGGGAUCUGGGAUGUUAUGUCAAGUCAACAAGCCAUUAAUCUUGUACGCCGUGGUUUGAGACGGCAUGAUGAUCCUGAACAGUGUGCUAAGGACCUUGUCAUGGAGGCCUUGCGUCUCAAAACCUUUGACAAUCUUACUGUGAUCAUUGUUUGCUUUACUGCUUCCCUUGAUCAUCCUGAUCAACCAUCACAAUCACGACAAAGGCGAUUAAGAUGCUGCAGCUUCUCUGCAGAAGCCUUGUGCAGCUUACAGAGUUGGUUGGACAACAGUGGAAGCCGUUGAGUUUACAGGAUUCUUCUGCAGAAAUAAGUGGUAACAGCUGUUUGCAGCAGCUUUAUUUGGUGGUGAUAAAAAGCCAACCUCUGUGGUUGGGAUGUUUUUUCUUCCUUCCUGCUGUUUUUGGGUGGGUUUUCUGUACGUACAAUUAGCUGUUGAAGAGGAGGGGUCAGUUUGGUGGUUUUUGUCGUAUGGAAUUCUCAUGUAUCUCAUUUUAUUAGCUGUACAUAACAACUAAAUUCAAAAUUACUAAAUUUACCAUUGAAGCA